AUGAUUGACAUAACUGAGUUAAAUGCGGAGGAACGGAAAGCGGAGUUCUCUCCGUUCAUUCCUGAGCGUCAUUUGCAAUCAACCAUCAAGGGCCUUACAAGAAAGCUCUUCAACCAAUACAUCUGUAGAAUUCGGACAAAGAACCCUAAACUGAUAAAACUAAUACCAGCUGAACUAUACACCUCUAUCAAGUUAUUGGCCGCAAAUGUGCUCAAUGGGAAGGUGUGGAUUCCCAGAAAGCCAAAUGGCAGGAAACUACUCUCAACCAACUCAGACUGCACGUAUGGAGAUAUUCUGGCCGGCACAGAAAACUCUUCCAGGUCCACUGACGUCGUCAUAUCCCAGACACCACCUUCACAGAUAAUGGAGCAGUCGGACCUGGAUUCAAUGGAUGAGGAAAACGCUUCCAGGUCCACUGAAGUCGUCAUAUCCCAGACACCUUCACCACCUUCACAGAUAACGGAUGAGGAUGAGUUAGUGGAUCCGUCAGGCCCACCAGCACCACUGAUAGUGGCUCCAUCAUUAAGCCCCGCAGUGGCUCCGGCACAGGAGCAGCAGUCGGACCUGGAUUCAACGGAUGAGCGACGAGCUGAAGACGAAGGCAACGCUGCGUUCUCGCCGCCGCGCGGAGCGGCCGUCCUGAGACAACAGGCAGUGUCUCCGGCAGCACCAGCAAUACCAGAACGAGCAGAGUCCCGAGAUCUGUUUGAAACAGAGCCUGAGACAGAGUCCUCCAUUGGGGAUGGUGCAUUUUGGUUCGAAGAACUCGCUCCAAAUCAAGACCACGCAAAGGAAAUCAGAAUGACACAUUGCAGUGGAUACGCAGUUACAAGUACAAGUUGUAGUUCUGAAGAAGUCACAUUUCACCCUGCCCUAUGCAGCAGAAAAGAAACUAAGAAAAGGAAACGUCCCGCACAAAAUUCGCCGUCAUCACCAAGUUCGUCCGUGGACUCCUAUCGGCAUGUUACAAGGAAAAUGAAAUUGGAAACAGAAGAAGAAACAGAACAGGACCAAGAUUCAGAAGCAUCCUCUCCAGCAUCCGCCGAUCGUGCUCACUCUAGUGCCUUAUCCCUUUCUCGUUUUUCGUGUACUUCGGGUUCGGCUAAAGAAAGCCCUUAUUCAACACCUCCGAAAGAAUCCGAAGAGGAUGAAACCAGCUCGCUUUGCGGCUCGCUUUCCAGCUUAGUUAACCUACAUAACGAUGAACAACCUGUCGAGGAAGAGCUAUGCAGUUCGGGUGAUAUGUUCCGAACGGCUUCCUACGAGAAUUAUAAACUGAAGUAUUGUCUCCCUUCGCUAAAGGACGACGAGACAAUGGAAGAACAGAGAGUAUUUGGUGUGUACUGA